AAUCAAUUUUAUUUUGGCGUUGACGUGCCACUUGAACGGAGAGCAAUUGAAACAUACCUACGUCUUUUGAUUGGUUGAGUAUAUCUACCAAAUAUACCUCAAGCAAACUCCAAGCGUGGGUAAUAACGGAAAUAUGUUUCCCGACUUAUUUACUACGGAUCUAAACAAUACAUGAUUGUUUCUGACUAUGUAUAUUUUAUUAUAUUAUAUACAUACAAUAAAUAUAUAAAUCAGCGAGCGUUUCUCCUUCUCGAGCGCUCGUGAAUGACAAAACGGGCAGAUGAAACAUAACCAUAAGUUGGAAGCGAGUAUUUACAUGAAAAACGUACCGGCCUCUGCGGGCACGUGGGCCCUAGCAUUCAUGAGGUACCGGAUUUGCGCUUAGGUAUUAUUAUUUUGUUUUUCUUUAAUCAGACCAUACUGCGACCACGAACAUAUUGAAAAAAUAUCAUUCAUCGUCAUAUCGGUUGCAGUCCCCGCUUAUAUGAAAUAGGGCUACACUUCUACUAAUGAAAUGUGUACUUGUUCUAUGAAAUUGUUGGUCUUUUAUUGGUAUUAUUAAAUUUCUUUUUUUGGUAUUACAGUAAUUAAAAAAUUUAGUGAUGGAACCAGAGAUGAAUACUAGUACUAGUACUCAUCUCUGAACAGUUUUUCGAAAAAUCAAAAAUAAAAUUUAAACCUUGAAGCUGGCUUUUUAACACAUCGAAUACGGUUUUCCCUCAAUAGAACAAGCAAAAAUAUAAGUCGAAGUUAUAUUGCUAAUUUCACAUUGAUUCGUCCAGCGCCAAACUGACGUGCGCACAUAAAUCAUAAUCGCAGCACCAUCUUAUUGGUGAAUUAUUUUAUACAUAUGUCACACCAUGGCCCACAGGAGUGUCAACCCAUAACCAAUUUACGACUUCCAAGGGAAGUUUUUGUAGUCCGCGACAUCCGGGAAUAACGUUUAUUCGUUCCAGCGAUCCACCGCUUGUUUUUGAAAAAACUUUUAUUGCGCGAACCCGGGCGAUGAAUGAAACUAGCCCAAAUCUAGUAACUACUUAUACCUUCAAAGGUGGAAAAGAACACAUCGUAAAGAUGAGAGUCACUGCAUACAAAGGAGGUUGUCAGCGGAGUUUGGAACUUACUGUCACCGAUAAAUAUACAGCAGAAGAUUGGCAAUCUUCAUACGAUACUGCUUAUAUUGAAAAUUUAACACACAAGACAGGAAAUUAUAAACAAUUUGAUAUAUUCGUCAACAUGCUACAGUCUGGAUUAUUGAAGACCAGUGAAUGUGUAAGUCUUGAUCUUCUCACCUUUAAGGAUCUUGAACUAUUACGUUCUCGUAGAAUCGAAGGUAGUUCGAACUCAUCCACCCUAAACCACAAGACCAGCAAUCGGCGUUAUCUCAUUUUAACAUAUACAGUAGAAUUUGAUCGAAUCCAUUAUCCAUUGCCAUUGGAAUACUGCGGUCCACCAGAUCCAGCUAUUUUGCAAGCGACCAUCAGAAGACUAGAAGCAGAAGUGGAGAAACUUCAGAAUACUGGAAUAAAUCGGGAUUUUCAGAGACGAAUAGAGCAAUUGACGAUUGCUAAUAAAAAAUUGGUGGAGGAAAACCGAAAUUUUGCUAGUGGCGGUAAAGGAGUUCGUCGGUUACUCGCUGCAAUAAAGACCUUGGAGAAUAGUGUGGCUGAAGAGCGGGCAAAUUUUCGAGCCCGUAUUAAAAAGUUGCGAGCAGAGAAUUUAGCACUGACAUUGAAAUUACAUCACAAUGAAUUAGCUAGUAGAAAACCUGGUGAUGGCAGUCCUGCACUAAAAAGACGUACUCCUCCUCCUGUGUCAUCGCAAAGUCGUCGUUCUAAUGUUUUUAGAAGUAGAAGUCGUUCUCCUUCUGAUUCUGAACGUUUUAAGGUGUCAAGUUUGUCAAGAGGCAGUUCUCUGGAAUCUUUGAAAUCGAAAAACUCCCCGCGGCGAACAGUUACCAAGUCGCGUCGUUUUGGAAUUAAAGAAAUUGACUUUGGAAAUCUUGAGUCAAGAAUUCAUACUUUACAAAAAAUGUUAAGAGACGGGAUAAACUUGAAUUGACGGUAAUAAGAAUUAUUUACAUGACCUCAAUCUACAUUAUGGUGUUGUGAUCGGUAAGACUGAUAUGGAGAAUAACACUUACAUAUUAAAAAAAAAAA